AGCACAGAGCGGAAGCCAAAGUAAAAACUUAACAUUACGAAAAACACACACAGCCGAAAGCUUUAAAGAAAAUCCGUACUGCGGCGCGUUCAAACCCAAAGCGAUAAAUGUUCCAAAAUUUGAUGCAGAAACAAAGAAAUCGAUGAGUGUGUGCUGCCAAGUGGUGCGUGUGUGCGGUGUGUGCGGUGUGUGUGGUGUGGUGUGGAAUGGAAUGCCAACCGACAAGUUGUAAAGGGAAACCCUGAAAUCUGAACAGCCGCCAGCCAGCGGCAAACAAAACUGUGAAUACGAAACAAAUACACGCAGCAGAUACUGCCAAAGAGAUACAGAUACAUCUCUUGUCUCUCGCGUGUGAAGUGCGCAUCGAAUAAAGCAACAACAAACAAAAACAAAAACCUAGCAAAAACAACAAUAAAUCUGCAUAAACAAUUGAGUCUCUCCUUGGAAAAUAUGUGGAUUACAGCUACGACACGGCCCCGAUGCCGCGGCGAGUGCUCGGACAAAUGGCAAACGGGAAGAAAGUAACUGAAUCCGAAUGACAAGUGUAUCUGCCAGAUACUCACUGGGGAGAGUGUCAUGUGCCGCGGCAUUCCGACCGCAGCAACAACACGAAGCACAAACACCCAGCGCCUGGAGUGCGGCAAUACAAUUUUCAACAAGAACUCGAUCUACUUCAUCUACAAUUAUCGCAAGCGAAAAACCAAAACCAAACCAAACGGAGAUACAGUAGCCGAAACACGCACGCCACCAAAACCGAAACCGAAACAGCAACAGCAACAGAAACAGCAACAGAUACACAGUUACAGAAACGGGCCCACAAAGAUCCAAUAUCAAGCGAUAUCAUUCAACCAUAGGAAACUUUAUAAGACUGAGAGUUGCAAGCGACCAUGCGCGCAUGGAUUCUACUCCUCGCAGUGCUGGCGACUUCUCAACCGAUCGUUCAAGUUGCUAGCACCGAGGAUACGAGUAUAUCCCAGAGAUUCAUCGCAGCCAUAGCGCCUACCCGCACUGAGCCAUCAGCAGCAUCAGCAGCGGCUGCGGCAGCAACGGCCACGGCAACAGCAACAACAGCAUUAGCAAAAGCAUUUAAUCCCUUUAACGAAUUGCUCUACAAAAGCAGUGAUAGUGAUAGUGAUAACAACAACAACAACUACAAAAACCGCAACAACAACAACCUAAAUAAAGGCCCAAGGAAUAACAAAAACAAGGGCAAUAAACAUAGCAAAAGUGACGCGAAUCGACAGUUCAACGAAGUGCAUAAGCCAAGAACAGACCAAUUAGAAAAUUCCAAAAAUAAACCUAAACAAUUAGUUAAUAAAUCCAACAAAAUGGCUGUCAAGGAUCAGAAGCAUCAUCAGCCGCAACAGCAGCCGCAACAGCAGCAGCAGCAACAUCACAAGCCAGCGACUACGACUGCGCUAACAUCCACAGAAUCUCAUCAAUCCCCGAUUGAAACAAUCUUCGUGGAUGAUCCCGCCCUGGCCCUGGAGGAGGAGGUGGCCUCCAUCAAUGUCCCCGCCAACGCAGGGGCCAUCAUCGAGGAGCAGGAGCCGUCGACCUAUAGCAAAAAAGAACUCAUUAAGGAUAAACUGAAACCAGAUCCCUCAACUCUAGUCGAGAUCGAGAACAGCCUUCUGUCGCUGUUCAACAUGAAGCGGCCGCCCAAGAUCGAUCGCUCCAAGAUCAUCAUACCCGAGGCCAUGAAGAAGCUCUACGCGGAGAUCAUGGGCCACGAACUGGACUCGGUGAACAUACCCAGGCCAGGACUGCUGACCAAAUCAGCAAACACAGUGAGGAGUUUUACACACAAAGAUAGUAAAAUCGACGACAGAUUUCCUCAUCAUCAUCGGUUUCGGUUGCACUUCGACGUGAAGAGCAUACCCGCCGAGGAGAAGCUGAAGGCCGCCGAGCUGCAGCUGACCCGGGACGCGCUUGCGCAGGCGGCGGUGGCUUCCACGUCGGCGAACCGGACACGGUACCAAGUGCUCGUCUACGACAUCACCCGCGUGGGUGUCCGGGGACAGCGGGAGCCGAGCUAUCUGCUGCUCGACACGAAGACAGUGCGUCUGAACAGCACCGACACGGUGAGCUUGGACGUGCAACCUGCCGUGGAUCGGUGGCUGGCUACACCGCAAAAGAACUACGGCCUGCUGGUGGAGGUGCGGACGAUGCGCUCGCUCAAGCCGGCGCCCCACCAUCAUGUUCGCUUGCGCCGCAGCGCGGACGAAGCGCACGAGCAGUGGCAGCACAAGCAGCCGCUACUGUUCGCCUACACGGACGAUGGGCGGCACAAGGCGCGCUCGAUACGGGACGUGAGUGGGGGCGGCGGUGGCGGUGGCGGGGAGGGUGGCAAGGGCAACGGAGGCGGCAGGAAUCGGCGGCACCAACGGAGGCCGGCGAGGCGCAAGAACCACGAGGAGACCUGCCGUCGGCACUCGCUCUACGUGGACUUUGCGGACGUGGGCUGGGACGAUUGGAUCGUGGCGCCACCGGGGUACGAUGCGUACUACUGCCACGGCAAGUGCCCCUUCCCGCUGGCCGAUCACUUCAACUCGACGAACCACGCGGUGGUGCAAACCUUAGUCAAUAAUCUCAAUCCAGGGAAGGUACCAAAGGCCUGCUGCGUGCCCACGCAGCUGGACAGCGUCGCCAUGCUCUAUCUCAAUGACCAAAGUACAGUUGUGCUCAAGAACUAUCAGGAGAUGACAGUGGUGGGCUGUGGCUGUCGAUAGAUUCGAUCGAGCCACUGUAGACAGAGCCGAGUGUAAAAAGAGAGACCAAUCGAAUGAAUCGAAUGAUUCGAAUGAAUCGAGUGUCGAGAGAUCGCGAGCGAGAGAGCAUCAAAUGCUGUUUGGUUCCAAGCCGUCAAUGCUUUAAACACAACGCAAACAAAAUGGACUGAAUAUUUGAAUUUUAAGUGUAAAUCGUUAGACUUUAAUUGUACGAGUAUAUACAUAUGGAUGCAGCCGAUACCCCACAACCCACGCCCCCCUGCCCCCUGCCCCCCGCCCUAUCGCGCCACCUUGGAGAGGAGCCUCUGUCAGUUUCCACAGCUAGGCUUUGGAAAACCCUUGAUCAGAGCAGAUCCCAGCGAGAGAGCAGAGUCAACUGUAAAUAGCCGCCAUGCCCAGCCACCAGCCACCAGCCACCGACCACCGACCACCAGAUAGCCAUCGAGGAUACACAGGAGCUGCUGAGGAGAAAAACAAAGUGAACAAAUUGUAUAAAAAUGCUAAAAUAUAACUAUUAUCUGUACGAGUACGAGAACGAGGAGGAGGAGGAGAACUUUUCUACUAGCCUUUUUUUGUUAAUAAUUUUAUAAUGAAAAAAAUCACUUGUAAAUUUACUAGAGCACUCAAGCGAUAAUAUAAUCGAUGGAAAAUUACUUGAAAUUAUUUAGGAAAUACCAACCCGAUAUGCACCCACACCCACACACAUACAAUAACUGUCUCUUGUAUAUGUUCUGUUCGAAAUCCUUAUAUAUCACACUCACCCACACACAAAAAAAAAACAUAAAUCUACGAAACGGUAUUCAAACUUCGUUCCGAAACCAACCUAAACGUAACUGUAAAAUAAAAACAAAACAAGAUGGAAAAUUCUAAACUAAAAUAAACUAUGCUCUAUGAAUAUACAUAUAAAUAUUUACAUCGUUAUGCGUUCUAAGCUAAGCUCGAAUAAAUCCGUAAACGUUAAUUAAUGUAGCCAUAUAAGAUUGAACAGUUAAGCUCAGCAUGUUGGAUAAAUUAGUAGAAACGAAACGGAAAACCACAAAAAAAAACAAACAAAAAAAAACACCAGAAAACUCGAAAUGAAAAUAUCGAUUCGUGCCUGAUGUUGCAGAGCACGAUUUGUAUAUGUAUUUUUUCAUAUAAACUUUAUUAUUUUAUUUAUUUAAAACAAACACACACACACACACAUAUUUUUGAUGAUGCAAUGAAUGCAAUGGAGCGA